ACCUCUUUGGCUCAGAAACUACUUCCGGGUAACGCCAGUGACCUUGUUGGGUUGUCCAUCAUGGCGUCCAUCGUCAGGUUGAGUUCUGUAUGUCGCAGAGGAGUAAAACCUCUGUUCUUCCAAACCACAUUGCUGGCCAGGCCUCUGGUUGUGCCACACAAAUACCAGGAGCAGCCAUACCAGCUCACAGCAAAGAUCCAUGCAUCUCAGGCUCUAUAUGCGGGCUCUGGCUCUAAAGCUGCCUCCAUGCACUGGACAGCAGAGCGUGUCCUGAGCAUCGUGCUACUGGCCAUGGGCCCUGUGGCCUACCUUCACCCUGGUCCGGUCAUGGACUACUCCCUGGCUGCAGCCCUCACUCUGCAUGGGCACUGGGGGAUUGGACAGGUGUUGACAGACUAUGUUCACGGAGAGGCAAAGAUCAAGAUGGCCAAUGCAGGACUCUUCCUUCUCUCCACUGUCACCUUUGCAGGUCUCUGCUACUUCAACUACCACGACGUGGGCAUCUGUAAAGCUGUGGCUUUGCUAUGGAGCAAAUAAAUAAGACUGUGGACAGGAAGCCGUGGGAGGGGAGCGCUCAUGUCCUGGCUCAUUGUAAAAAUACCAGGGAUUCUAUGUAAAUUGUUAUAAAUAUAUAUUAUUUUGAAAACA